GAGGGAGGAGAGGUAGAGCUCAGAAGGGUGUGUUUUAUGUACCACUGCAGCAUCAGAGCAAAAAAAGACACGAGAAAAAGCCAGACUGAGUGGACAGGAAAGACAAAAUAAAGACACAGAAGAAGAAGAGAGCGAGAGAGAAGAAAAGGGAUAAAGGAAAAGCGGAGACAGAGAGAGAGACGUGACACCUGCAGAGAAAUGGGCUUCCAAAGGAGAGAGACUGAAGAAGAAGAAGAAGAGUAGAAGGAAAGCUGAUAAGCAGGGGAGAGACUGGAGGAGAUAUUUCAGCCGGAGAAGGGAUUGUGGACCUGACAGAGAGAGGCAGACAGCCUUAUACAGACUUGCUGUGAAAGCGACACACACAUCUUGAAACACAGUUGUUUUCUGGGCUCCACUCUCCAGAGGGUCUGGGAGGUCCCUGGAGUGUGUGUGUGUGCACGAGGUGGGAGGGUGUGUGUUUUAUGUGUUGAUGAGUGUGUGGGUGUCUUGCGUCACUUUUCAUGGGACAUUGAGAGAUGUGUGUGUCACAGCGUCGGUGGACGGGCUAUAGGGGGCCGUGCUCCCCCACCCUCCCCCUGAUCUUCCUCCUCCUCCUCCCUCUGUCCUUCCUCUCCUCCACGCCUCCCUUCGCUCAGGGAGCAAUCCAAAUCCCCGAAAACUAUAAAGUGAAAAACAUGUCACAGCCUCCGGUGCUGAAAGAGACGCCGAUAUCGUACACAGCCUUUUCUCAAGAGGACAUCAAUCUUCCCUGUGAGGCUUCUGGUACCCCAAAACCCACUUACCGCUGGAUGAAGGACGGGUUGGUCUUUGGAUCGGAGCGUAAUAACUCCGGGACGUUGGUAGCCGAAGGCGAGGGCCUCCUCACUCAGUACGAAGGCUACUACCGCUGCUACGCCUCCAACAUGCUGGGGACUGCCGUCACACAAACCGUACGGGUCAUCGUGGAGCCUCAACCAGUUCUUCAAAAACAACAAAAAAGAAAGCUGCAAGCUCACGUUGGAGAAAGCAUAAUGCUGUCCUGCAACCCUCCAAAAAGCUCCACUCCUCCACACAUCCACUGGAUGGACAAGAAGAUGGUGCACAUCAUGCAGAGUGACAGAGUGAUGGUCGGCCUGGACGGGAACUUGUACUUUUCCAAUCUUAAAAUGACAGACAGCAGGGACGACUACAUCUGCAACGCCCAGUAUACAGCGGCCAGGACUGUUCUCCCAGAUACCGCUGUCACCCUCACUGUCACGUCCAGUAAUGAUGUCCCUCACAGUAGAAAACCCCACUUGUUCCGUCCCACUAGCACCCACAGCCCUGUGCUGGCCCUCAGUGGACACAGCGUCACCCUUGAAUGUAUCCCCGGAGGCCUACCCACUCCGAGGGUGGAAUGGAAAAAGAAGGACGGUCGCCUGGAUGAAACGAGCGGCAAGCUGGAAAGACACAACCGCUGGCUUCAGUUCGACAGCAUCACCCAGGAAGAUGACGGGGAGUACGAGUGCAUCGCCUCCAACGGCCACGGGUCCAUCUCCAGCUCCUUCACCGUCACUGUGGAAGCGGCUCCCUACUGGGUGAAGGAGCCUCAGAACCUGCUGUACGCUCCCGGGGAGACUGUGCGACUGGACUGUCAGGCUGAAGGCAUCCCGACCCCCACCGUCAUCUGGAGCAUCAACGGUCAGCCGGUCGCAGAGGUGGAUGAUGACCCCCGUCGGAGCGUGUCCGGCGGUGUGUUUAUACUGAGGGAUGUUGAAUUCGCUGACACGGCUGUGUAUCAGUGCGAGGCCACCAACAAGCAUGGCUCCAUCCUGCUGAACACCUACCUCUACGUCAUCGAGCUCCCCCCUCAGAUCCUGUCCUCUGACGGAGUGGUGGCCAAAGUCACUGAGGGCGGGACCGUCAGUCUGGACUGUGAAUCCUUUGGCUCCCCACGACCCCACGUCACAUGGGAGGGCGAGGACAAGCUUUCUCUGCUGUCGGAGACCCGCGUCUCCCUGCUGACCAAUGGGACGAUCAAGCUGACCGACGUCAGUCACAGUGACAGCGGGGAGUACACCUGCUCGAUCAAACACACCAACAUCUCCAUCACUGCUUACCUGGAGGUCUACAAUCGAACGCUGAUAGUGACGAGCCCCCAGCACCUGCGUGUGGCCACAGGACACAGCGCUCUGCUGGACUGUCGCUUCUCCAAAGACCCUCGGCUGCCGGAGCCCCAGAUCAUCUGGAGGAAAGAUGGACAGAAACUGCAGGAGUCGUCACCAGAUGACAAGUACACUUUCUUCGACAACGGCACCUUGAAAGUGACAGACGUCCACUCAAGAGACAACGCGGCUUAUUCCUGUCAGGUCAUCACUGAGCUGGACAACGUGGUUGCGUCUGGCUCCAUCACUGUCCUAGCACGGCCGGACCCUCCCAAAGAUCUGACUUUUUCUGAUGUUGAAGACUACAGCCUCACUCUCACCUGGGUCCCAGGACACUCACACAACAGCCCCAUCGAAGAGUUCAUCGUAGAGGCCCACAUUCAGCAUCAGUCCGAGGAAACCGACGGGGAGUGGGUGGAGUGGAGCAAAAUGUCCGGGUUGGUCAACCACCUGAAGAUGGAACUCAACCCCUACUACAGAUACCGCUUCCGGGUCAUCGCCGUCAACCAAAUGGGCAAAAGCAACCCCAGCCAGCCCUCAGAAGAAUACACCACGCUUCCAGCUGUUCCUUACAGUAACCCCAGUCGUGUGCGCAGUGAGUCCAUAGACCCAAACACUCUGGUCAUUACAUGGGAUGAGAUGGACAAGCGCUCGCAUAACGGCCAGGGCUUCAUGUACAAAGUGUCAUGGCAGAAGGUUGGGGAUGGUCCAAACUGGAACUCUGAGACCGUAAAGUCUCCACCGUUCUUUGUAAACAACACAGGAACGUACACACCGUUCAUGAUCAAAGUGCAGGCCGUCAACACUCUGGGAUUUGGACCGGAACCAGAUACUGGGACCGGAUACUCCGGAGAGGACAAGCCUGAGGAAGCGCCCACAGGAGUUGCAACAAUCGUGAUGAACAGCACAGUCAGAGUCAAGUGGAACGCAGCCCAGAAUGUGCGAGGUCUGCUGAAGGGAUACAAGCUCUACAUCAAGAGGUUGGGUCCCCGGGAGGUGCGGGGCCGGAGGUCGCUCGGAAAACGGCACCACAAGGAGGAGAGGUUGGAGCGGGGGAAGGACGACGGGGAGAGAAGGGUGGUGGUGGUCUCCAGCACGAAGACCUCAGAGGAUGUGACAGGGCUGCAGCUGUAUUCCAGGUAUACGGUGUCUAUCACUGCCUUCAACAGCAAAGGGGAGGGCCCACACUCACCACCGCACCACUUCAACACCCCAGAGGGAGUGCCUGGUAAGCCGGCAUCACUGACGUUCGAGAGCCCAUCAGAGAAAUCACUGAAUCUCUACUGGACCCCUCCACUUGAACCUAACGGCAUACUGACUGGAUAUGUGGUGCAGUAUCAAAAGGAUGUGAUGAGCAGCCCGUUGCAGAUGGAGAUCAUCAGUGAUCCCAGUGUGACUCACAUCGAGUUGGAUGCUCUGGACCCCAGCACCUACUACAUCUUCAGUGUGAUCGCACGCACCGCCGCUGGAGAUGGACUUCCCAUCACUGAGAGGAACGCCACCUUGCUCGAAGGAGUUCCUCCAUCCAACAUCACCAUAAAUUCCAGUAACACAGCACUCAACCUGAGCUGGGUGCCCGGAGAGCGAGACAGGAACCACGCCUUCAAAAUCCACUACCGUAGGAAGAUCGCUGGGAGUGAAUGGGAGAAGUCAGAGGUGCUGAACUCCACGCAGGGUUUCUAUUCGCUGUCAGGCCUCCAACCAGGAACUUUUUACCACCUUAAGAUAAUGCAAGGAAACUCCACUCACUGGGAGGAAUGGGCAGAGACUACAGGACCCGUGCCAACGGCCAUGUCCAGUGGGUUUGCCACCCAAGGUUGGCUUAUAGGACUCAUCAGCGCCAUCGUGCUGCUGGUGCUGAUACUGCUCAUCCUCUGCCUUAUCAAACGCAGCAAGGGCGGCAAAUACGCAGUGAAAGACAAAGAAGACAAGGAGGUGGACUCUGAAGCUCGGCCAAUGAAAGACGAGACCUUUGGAGAGUACAGAUCCCUGGAGAGCGAUGCAGAUGAGAAGCGCUCAGACAGCCAGCCGUCUCUGUGCGGGGAGAGCAAGCUGGGCAGCGACGACUCUCUGGCUGAAUACGGAGACAGCGUGGACAUCCAGUUCAACGAGGACGGCUCCUUCAUCGGCCAGUACAGCAACCGGGGGCCCGCUCCCCCCGGCAACGAGAGCUCCGGUCCCGCCUCCCCUGUUAACGCAGUCCCGCCUCCCCCCAUCGCUCCAUCCAUGUCGAGCAUCCUGAACCGGCCCAGCUAGACACACACAUUACAAACAAAUACACACACAUCACACACACACACACACACACACACACACACACAAACACACUCCCUGCCUGCAACAAAACACAAAGGGACUGACCACUCCUGACUCCACUGCCUGUAAUGUUAUAGUGCAAGAACACACACACACACACACACACACACACACACACACUGUCUCAAUACAUUCCACAGGUUUAUGCAGUGAAGCUGUUUACAGGAAGUCUCGCCUUUUCUACUACAAGUUUACACACACACACACACACACACACACACACACACAAGCAAACACAUACAAUCAGACAUCCAUUCACUCUUCUACUGAAGAAAGAAAGACAGAGGGACGUGGAGGACAGGAGCAAGUUGCACCAGCUGUUCGUAACUUCAAACUUUAAAGUAGAAAUGUAUGCGUCACUAAAUUAAAGCGGGAUCGCACCACAAAAACUAGUUCUUGCGUAGAGUUUCUAAAUAUUCACACCCAGUAACGCCACUAGAUGGCGUAGACAAGCUAAUUUAAAAACUACAGUAUGUUCGCUAUCAGUUGAUACAAAGUGCAUAUUUCUGCCCGUUAUCGAUGCUGCAGUUGACUAACUCGUUUACAUUUUCGAAUGCUUUCUGAUUGGACACUGCCACAGAUGUUGCUCAGCAACAAGAGGCAGCCCCCGUGGCUGACAAAUGAAGCCGACACGGAAGUAACAAAACCUGGACUUCCUUUAACAGCCACUAGAGGCUGGCUCCAACAGUGAGCCAAUCUCUGCAAGGCUCAAUAUUAAACCUGUUUACAGCCUGGUGCAAAAAACUGUUUAUGGGGUCCAGCUUAUAGUUAUACAUAAUUACCCACGCUCCACCUCGUGCCUAUUUUUGGAUUAGCCGGGAGACGGUGGAGUCAAGAUGGCGACAGCCUGAGCCGACCACACCGAGCUUCACAACGGCUCUUCAGAAACCGAUUUACACGUUACUAAAGGUUCUACUAGCUAAGACUUCUAUAAUGUUUGAGUGGCGCAUCCCAGUUUAGUAUUCAGCUCGUGGUCACCGAGAAGGACACAAGCGUUUGAAUUUACCAACAGCUGGUGCUGAUGGCUGAUGUGAUGAAGAGUGAAACAAAGAAAAGGGGAAAAAAAAACACAAUUUCAUCUUGUUCGAACAAAAUGUCUUCAUCUUUCAUCAUAUACAAACAUUUACGUCUCAUUAUGUCUCAUCAACACAUUUCAUAUACAUUUUUUUAUAUAAACACCAUUUUCAGUAGGUUUUUUUUACCUGUUGUGCAUCACUGUCAAACGUCACCACUACGUGUCUUUCUUUGUGCUGUUGGCGAGCUAUUUAUUUGUGUUUGUUUGCAUGCGCCCGGGAAUGGUCCUGCUAUUUAUUGAUGUGGCUGUCAAACCUAAGAUGCACGCCCCUCCCCGAGGCAUUCAGAAUCAUUUAGUUGAUAUUUAGAGUUUUUAAAGAGUGACUGUUACUCUGUGUGUGCUCGUGCGUGAUUGUCCAUGCUCUCCAUCCCUGCCCUGUAACCUGCAGCGAUGCGAGAUAUGUUGCCUUAAGAGAGUCCAGUUGAGCCUCCUCUCCUUCCUCGUUCUGUCCAUCCGUCCGUCAGUCAUCCAUUCCUCCUCACACUCGUUCCUUUUCCAUAAUUUUUUGCGCCGCCGCGGGUAAAAUGCAGGACCAGAAUGUCACGGUGGCCCAGAGAGCUCAAAGCACUGAAAACACACAGAGAGAACACAACAGAACAACGGUUUAACCGUUUUUUUUUUUACCAUAUUGCUUUUGUGUUGGUUUAUUGUUAUUAUUAUUUGUCUGCUGCAUUGGCUCAUACUGCCAGGAGCUGGAAUGAGCUAGAAACGUGAAACCUGGCCCAAUAACUGAAAAUCACGUGCAUGUGCUUCCAAAGAAAUAUGAGCCCAUUCGGCCAGAUGGUGGUGCUGUAAUUAAGGUCCAAAAAGGCUAUUUUGAUAAGACCACGCCCCUCAUACUGGAAGUCUGAUUGACUUAAAAUUGGACACACAGCUCAAUGCACUCUACAAAAAGUCCACCAAACUAGAUUUUCCGUCAUCUCAAAUUUUUUGAAAAACACGUUUUUGACGCUUCCUCCUAAACUGUCGGUCCAGUUGCUACGAAAUCGUCUGUGAAUCAUCACUGGACAAUGCUUAUCAAACGCUGCAUAAGGCUUGUUGAUAUCUUGUUUAGUUUUCAAGAUAUUGACCAGUGAACUUCUGAAGGGGCAUUGCUCAGCACAUAAAUAGACAUAGGUCAACAACAGAUGUUAAAAAAGAAGGAGUGGCAUAAAACGAAUCAGAUUGUUUCGAUUCACAUAUUAUGACUAUUAUUUGAACUGGUGAUUAUCACCAAAGGCAAUUUUAAAUUAGUAGCAAAUAUUAUUAUAUAUUAUAUUAUUAGCAGUAAUAUCUCAACCAAUCAGAAUGUUAAAACUGAAUAAAACACCACUGACAGAUAGUCGACUUCAUGGGCCACAAACCACAGCAACAAAUAGUGUAACCCAAGUGUGUCCAUCACUUUUUAGUGUCCCCUGGAAACAGUUAUUUUGUGAGUAGUUUACAUUCAGUUCUGUGCGGCUUUUCUAUAUUUUCUUCUAAAUGCUGCACGCCGUUUUCUUCGCUUGCUUGUGUCUUUUAACAUGUUUUUGUAGGUGCAUUGAACUUUCUGGGCCACCAUAGCAUGUGAUUACAGACAGUCCUAUGCACACACACACACACACACACACACACACACACACUGAUGCAUGCAUAAAAUGGAGGCCUAUGGAAGCCGGUCCUCUGUAGCAAAAACCAUAUAGGACCCUCUGAAGGAGAGAGGGAGGAUGGAGGAAGACAAACAGGAGGAGGAGGAGGAGGAGUUGACAGAAAUAGAGAAUCUGAUGUAUCGUUCUCUGAAUGUAAAUAGAACCUUGAGAUUGUCAUUUUUUAAUUUCCAUUGCUUCUUUUUAUAAGAUGAUCAAAUUGUAAUUUUUUUUAUUAUGCUCUGUUUGAGUUUGUGCUGCAGCGUUUCCUUCGCUGGCCUUUGUAUCAUACUACCCCCCCCACCCCCAAACCCCACCCACCUCCCACCAUCAUCUCCUCUUAGGUUUACCUUGUGUCCAUUAGUAGCCCAGAGACAUUUAGAGAAGACUAGAAUCAUAGCGAGAACAACCACCCCUCCCUUCAUCCAGUUUCUUUAUAGCGCUUAGAGAUGCAGCAGAUAAUAUUGAUUAUUAAGAAUUCAUGUCAUAUAUGUCAACAUUUAUACACCUCGCUGAGGCAGCGCUGUGAUGUCUUCUGCAGCCCCGGAUGGAGCGAUAUCGGAAAUCGAUCUUAAUACUUAGAGGGUUUAUUUUUGUGGCUUCACUGCGUCGGACAUACUCGGUCUGACACAUUAUGUGAAGCAGGAUCACCAACCAGGGACUUGCCAUGUGUUUUGGACCCAGAGCUGAAGUUUGUUUCUAAUGUUUGUGGAGCAGAGAGGGAGCGGAGAGAUGAGCCCGAUGAGUCAUUUCACACACAAGGAGCAGAGAGACUUUUUAUUUUUAUUUUUAUCAUUGUCAACAAAUCCCAUGAAAAGACCAAAACCAACAAUGUGUUAGUCCGUCUCUCGAUACUUUCUGAAUUCCUGUUUGUAUCUCUCGGCUCCAAGCCCAUUGGUUCCUACUGCUGGUCACUGUUCUGACUAUUUCCAGCAGCAAUUAAUCCACAUUUGGUGCUUUAGUGAGUAUUUGGAGCUGCAGGGCUGUGUACAUGGGAUUGAGUCAAAAUAAACUACAGUGUCUGUGUUCAUUUUAAUGAAGGAAAAUGUCUCCCAGUGCCCAGCAGUAAUCUCUUUGACUACAUCUACACUAAGCCAUGUAAAUAUUUUGCAUCUACAGAGUUUCCAUGUGGGUUAAGGAUUAGGUUAUCUAACUUCUGUCCACAGUGACACACCUGAGCAAUAGAAAAACAGCUAAAUCUCGUCUUCUUCCUCUUUUCAGUUGGGCAAAUAACAGUGUGAGUGACACAAAAUCAUUCUUUAUGGACGUCUGACAAAAUCAACAUAAGCAUUUAAAAUGAUCAAUCACAAAGAAAGUUAGAGGCAGCAGAAAGUCCCUUUUAACUUUGUCACACAGCCACCGACUCUCACAGGACAGUUCACAUCACUGUUUCGCAAAGAUCCAUUUACCCUGAACAUGAUGAAACACUGUGUGAGGCAACAAGUACACAAGUAUUUUUUUAAAUGUGGAUUUCUCUAAGCAUUUUGGCCUUUCGUCUUUCGUUUAGAAAGAGUUAGGUACCUGAACACAAACUUUUUAGAAAACACCUAGCUGGCAAAUGAAGCAAACAUGGAAGUAACAAAAACUGCAGUUCUUCUAACAGCCUCUAGAGGCUGACUCCAGCAGUGAGUCAAUCUCCAUAAGGCCCCAUAUUAAAGUAAACAAAUUAACAGCAGAAAUAAACAUGUUUACAGCCUGGUACAAUAAACCAUUUUAGUCUCUAUGGUUAAUUAACCCCGUUCAUGACAACUGUACAGCAGGUGAAUUUCUAUAUAACUCACCUGUUUAGAUCACAUAAAGGCUUAAAUUUAUUCAUUUAAGAGUAUGGCUGCUCUGAUUGUGGGGGGUCUUUGCCCAUAUUUAUCCAGGAGCCAGCAGAGUCAGGACUGCCAAGAUGCCGACCACAAUGAGCUUCUCAGUGGCUCCUCAGUAACCUGACAUGUAGACAGGGAACAGAGUUUUGGUCUUGUGACGUAAGAACGUGCAGCGACAUUUGGUGGCCAAAACAGUGCUACUACUAGCUUUGCUAAAAGGAGUUUUUGUAUGUUUACAUGUAAAUGUACAGUCAAUCUUCCACUAUAUUGAGGAACAGAGGCAUCAGAAUACACGACAGAGCAGAGUCUUCACAGUGCUUCAAUUGGAGAUUUUUCUUUAGUUGUUUUUUUGUGUACGGGAUGUUUUCUUUUAGAACGAAGAGAGAAAACCCUGUUUUAAAAAUACCUGUGUACCUGUGGACCAAGCCAGAGUCUGGACUGCUGCUUAGUGUGGGCGACGUAGGUUGUGGGCCUCCAGUUUAUUCUCAUCAGUAAACUCACCAUCCUGCAUGAAAUCGCAGGAUGUUUACAGGAUGUUUACAGGAUGUUUACAGGAUGUUUAUCUUUGUUUUGUGUUGAAUCAGACAAAAGGAGGACCAUGAAAACAUCUCUCAGUCCAACAUGUUGCCUUGUUAAACGCCUCCCAGGUCUCGGCCCAAGCUCCUGUCUUUCUCUCUGCUCCUGACGCUGACUGUACAGCUGUCUGUCUGCCUGUCUGUCGCAGCCUUCUUUUAUACAUAUAAACACGUUGGGGGUGGAAAAACCCCACAAAAACUAGAAAAAAUAAAAUAAAAUAAAGACAAAAAAACUUUAGGUAUAAAUAAUAACAAUACUGCUAAAUAACAACCACAGCAACAGUGCUAUUCUCAGUUACAGUAUUGUCAUCAGUAGCGAUGAUGUGAUCAGUAACACAAUAAAAAUAAUCAGUAUCACAGGAUCGAGCAGGGACAUGAUAACAGUGGGGGGGGGUGUGUAGGGAGGGGGGACGACGGGGUUCAACACAAACACACAUAUACAGAGGGGAGGGGGGUGGGGUGAGGGAGGUGUUGGGGGGGUGUACUGCAAUAUUGAGGUGUGCUGAUGUUGUACCUGCUUGUUGCAUUGUGCGCUGUACUGUAGCUGACAAACUAACCCCAAACUGUCAACUAAUAAAUAAACAUGGACUACGCAUAUCCUGAAUAGA